AUGGCUUUGAACAUCUACUUGAACAAGAAAGUCUCAGUCUUAACGCAAGAUGGUCGCACCAUGGUCGGCACCCUCAUCUCGUGCGACGGCAGCAUGAACAUGGUGCUCGCUGAUGCCGUAGAACGCAUCAUACGGCCGCGCGAAGAAGAUGUACCCAGCGAGGAGGUGCCUUUGGGGCUAUAUAUUGUGCGCGGGGACAGCGUGGCGGUGUGUGGUCGGGUCGACGAGGAUAUCGAUGGCAAAAUCAAUUGGACCGAGGUGAGAGGUGAAGUGCUGGGUGGUACAAAACAUAUUUGAGGCUUUUUUUUGGCCCAGGCACUCUGUAUUAUCUGGAUUCUUGGAUUGGGAGGGUGGGAGGUUGGAGGCAUAUAUGCUCCUUUGCUGAGCUCGGGAACCCACGCGUUUGACGUGCAGGAAAAGCUGUAGAAAGCGAGGGACUGGUUGACGGGAAGAAUGCAAUGUUUCUCGCGGUGGAGGAACAACGAUACCCUUGGACGAUGGAAGACUACCCACAACACGGAAAGAAUGGACAGCAUUGGAAGCCUGGUAGCAGAAAUGUGCGUGAGCCACUCAAGCAAAUUGAAGCAGAGUAGCAUUGCACAUGAAUGGAUAUCAAAUCUACACUUUUGCAAAAGACAUCGUUCACAAACCCGCUUCUCAGCUACUAUGAUCAGCCCGUACAAAUCACAGUUCUCAGUUUUUCCACUCAUGCCCCUUACAU